UUGAAGGAAGCCUUUGUGGACGACGACGUGUGCAAAGUGCUUGAAGACGCCGACGCCUCCGACUACGCCGCCAACUUCGAAUAUCAUCGCAUCACGUCGGAUCGGCUUCUCUCCUUCACCGACGAUGACUUAAUUAGGGCAAAACAACUGAUUGGCGUUCACGCCCUCGGUGCACGUGAAGCGAUUCUUCGCGUCCUCGAAAAGUACAAAGCAAAGCAGAACGUGUCCCUUCCCGAGCCAUCAGCACCUGUUGACGAGGAGGUCAGUGAAGAGGUCUAUUCGACGAAGUCUCUGGAAGUAAACAUCGACGAGAAGGCGGGGCUAUCAGUGGUGGAUCUAGCCCUUUGGGAAACAUCCAGCACAUUCACUCAGACGCGUCACGUUGGCUUUGCGCUGAUCCUCAUGGACCUCUACAAAAGGGCCCAAGAAAUGCUGGAAGAUGUUUCUGGCGGGAAUCUCAAAUGGAUGAUUCUUAUUCCCACCGGCGUCUACCUCUUUUACCGAGUACUUCGCUGGUGCUACGUCGAGAUCCAACUUCCACCUGGUCCAAUUGGCUGGCCUUGGUUGGGCUACACUCGAUGUCUGGGUGAUGACGCCUUCAAGGAGUUACAGGUCCUCCGUCAAAAAUACGGUCCAGUUGUGAGUUUCAGACUAUGUGGGAAGAUUGUGAUCGGUCUCAGUGACGAGGAAAGCAUCAAAGAGGCCGCCCUGAAACGGCGCAAUCUGACUGGACGACACACAAUGCUAACCAAUCACCUCCUUGCAAAGGGCUUCGGCAUUACCAAUUACGAUGGCGAGAACGCGGCCUUCUCAAGACGCAUCUUCGUCCGAGCACUCAACCAGUUUCUGCCCAAGGGCGUCAGGGACAUUCAGGCAAAGGACACGCCGACUGAUGACGCGAAUCUGCAAGUUGAUAGCGACCUCAACUCUGAGUGCUCCAAGGUGGUCGAUUUCCUCAGACAGAAAAAUGGCGAACCGGUUAAAAUCAGUUCCGUCCUGAGACGUCUGUCGUGGAACGUGCUUUGGAAGGCAACAUUUGGAACGGAGUGUAAACUCGACGACGACACAAUCGCCGACUUGAUUCAGUGCAUAGCGGAGAAUAAUGCAGACAACGGACCGUUGCAGUUAAAACAGAUGCUUCCUACUUCCUGGUAA